GAGAUCUGUUCAUAACCUCCACUGAAUAUCUUCAUUAAAUCUGUUCUUAUUGGAAUUAAGAGCAGGAUGAAGAAGACUUUCACAAUCAUUAUUUUAUUUCUCUUGUGUGCAGGUGUGUUUGGUGAUCCAGAUAAAGUAACGUCAGUAAUAGUGACGGCUGGAGAUUCAGUUACUCUACACACUGAUAUCACUAAAAUACAUGAGGAUGAUGUGAUCUGGUGGAGGUUUGGAGAAGGCGAAUCUAAAAGUCUUUUAGUUGAAAUUGCUAUAUCGAAGAUCUUGUAUGCAAGUGGGAGAUUCAGAGACAAACUGCAGAUAUCGGACAGUAAGAUCGGAGAUCUCACCAUCAUGAACAUGAAGAUUAAAUACUCUGGACUCUAUGAAGCAGAGAUCAAUAUUGACACUGGAACAGUAUACAAGAGAUUUAAUGUUACUGUCAUCGAAUCUCCUCCUGUUAUUAAUGCUGGACCAAGUGAAGUGGUGUCUUUUACAGUGACUGAGGGUGAAUCUGUUACUUUACCCUGUAAUGUUCAAACACAAAGAGAUGCUCUGAUGGUGUGGAGGUUUGGAGAUGAAAGGGCUCUCAUAGCUGAAGUUGAUAUGGAGGAUAAUAUGAUUUCAUUAUUUGAUGGUACUGAUGGAAGUCUCAAAGACAGACUGAAGCUAAAUGGUCAAACUGGAGAUCUCACCAUCACUGACAGCAAACCUGAACACUCCGGAGUUUAUCGGCUAAAGAUCAGCAGUAACAAACAGACCUUAUACAAGUCAUUCAGUGUUAUUGUCAAGGGAGCUGCAUUGUCUUCAGGUGGUAUAGCAGGAUUAUGUUUUUUCCUUCUCCUACUUGCUGCUGCUGUUAUUGCUGCUGGCUGGAUUUUGUAUCGUCGCAGGGUCUCUGAACUCCAAUAUGAAAUGAAGACUGUGUCAGUGAUUGAGGGAAAGUCUGUUACAUUAAAUACUGUGAUGACUGAAUAUGACCACAAAGAUCAUGAAAUAAUCUGGAGGUUUGGAGACAAAGGCCACAUGAUCGCUCAGAUUCAUCAAAAGACCAAUGAUGUCUCAUAUGUUGAUGAUGAGAGAUUCAAACACAAACUUUAUCUGGAUAAGACGACUGGAGAUCUCACCAUCAAUGAUUUCACAAUCAGGACCUCUGGAGAUUAUCACCUGGAGAUCACCAGAAGUACCAGAAUCAACAGAACCACCACAUCUAAGACAUUCAGAGUUGUUGUCCAUGACACACUAAAUGUCACAGAAGGAGAAUCUGUUGAACUACACAGCGGCAUUUCAGAACUACAGGAUGAUGAUCAGAUACAGUGGAGAUCUGAAGCUAAAGAUGCCAUCAUAGCUGUAAGAAAUGGAAAGAGCGAUGAUGAGAUCUCAAUAAACUGUGGUGAUGAUGAUGAGAUGUUCAAAAACAGACUGGCACUGGACCGUAAGACUGGAUCUCUCACCAUCACAAACAUAGAAAACUCAGACUCUGGAGUUUAUGAACUACAGAUUAAGAACCAAACUACAACUUCAUAUAAGAAAUUCAGUUUUCUCGUAGGGCAGAAAUGCACGGAAAUGUCAGUGAUGGAGGGAGAAUCUGUCACACUAUCCACUGAUCUUACUGACAUACAGGAUGAUUAUGAGAUACUGUGGAUGUUUGGACCUGAAGAAAGUCUAAUAGCUACAUUUCAGAAGAUAAAGGGUUGGAUUGGUGCUGACGAGAAGAAGACAGUUUAUGAUGGUGUUGAAGGGAGAUUUAAAAACAAACUUCAGCUUGAUCAGACUGGAUCUCUCACCAUCAGAGACAUUAACACUGAACUCACAGGACUUUAUAAACUACAGAUCAUCAGCAAUGGAGAAAACACAUACAAGAAAUAUAAAGUUUCUCUCUAUGACAAUACAUUAAAACAUACAGUGGGUGAUUCUGUCACUUUAAAAACGGAAUUCUCUAAGCUGAAGGAAGAUCAUCAGAUACUGUGGACUUUUGGAAAUAAAAACACUCGUAUAGCUGAAAUCAACAGAGUAAGCGGUCGUCUGUGUGUAUAUGAUGGUAAUGAUGAGAGAUUCAGAGACAGACUGACACUAAAUGAACUGAAUGGAGAUUUGAUCAUCAGAAACAUCAUGAGAGGACAUUCAGAUGUUUAUAAACUGCAGAUCAACAGCAGAUCAGAGAGGAAAUGCAAGAGUUUCAUGCUUAUUGUAAACGAGAAAUGGACAGAAAUGUCAGUGAUGGAGGGAGGAUCUGUCAGACUAUCCACUGAUCUUACUGACAUACAGAUUGAUGAUCAGAUACUGUGGAUGUUUGGACCUGAAGAAAGUCUCAUAGCUAAAUUUCAUAAGAAAAAGAGUUUUAAGACGUUAUUUUAUGGUUUAGUUGAUGAGAAGAAGACUCUUUAUGAUGGUGUUGAUGGGAGAUUUAAAAACAAACUACAGCUGAAUCAGACUGGAUCUCUCACCAUCAGAGACAUUAACACUGAACUCACAGGACUUUAUAAACUACAGAUCAUCAGCAACAGAGAAAACACAUACAAGAAAUUCAAAGUUUCUCUCUAUGGUCGAGAAAGAGGCGGUACGGCAGAUCAUAUAGAGAUGGGGUCGGAGGAGAAUCCUUUACUUCCCAUACAAACUUCACAACAGCAGCAGUAAAUCCCUGAUCUCAUUCAGUUCUGAUGUCAUAAACUAGAACAGCAACAGUAGCCACACCCACCAGAGCAGAGACGACUAAUCGGAUCACAGCUUCAGUAAAACCACAACAACAGAAGGCUUGUGAGAGAAAAACAAUGCACAAUUAAUCAUCACAAUCUUUCAAACAAACGGUGUUAGUUAUUCAAGAUUAAAUGAGUUUAAUAUUGUUUGUGUUAAAUUUGAUGUGUGUGGUUUCUGCUAAAGGACAUAAACACAAACAAUCCCUAUAAUCUCACCUGAACACGAGUGACAGACUUCAUUGAUGUUGAGAUGUUGAGUUUGGUUUGUGAUGGGAUUGUUGAGUACACAUCUGUAUGUGUUUG